AUGCGCAUCAUGGACUGCGCAAAGCAACAACAACAACAACAACAACAACAACAACAACAACAACAACAACAACAACAACAACAACAUGUACGUACAAUUGCAUUGCCUGACGCACUGCUAACUACUGCUUCUGCUGCCUUCAUCUACAUAUAUGUAGGUGCAGACAGCGGGGCAUGUGGAUGUGCGCCUGCAGUAUGCACAAGUUCCCACUGGCAUCAUACUGGUAAGAGUGGACAAACCUGAUUCAUGCGAUACGUCACUUCCUGUCGCCAGGCCCAGGCCAUCACAUGGCGUUACUAAAAGGAAGAAAGCCAUUGAAGACGGUGUGAAUGCCAGACAAAUUGCUAUGCCUCGGCCAACAGCAACAACAACAACAACAACAUCCUCAUCAGCAUCAGCAUCCAGCCCGACUGUCAUAUUUCCACCACAAUCCCACCUCAUUACCUCUGCUCACUAUGUGACAAUCAUGCAAGGCAUACCUCAGUUGCACUUAGUAGACAUUCGGCACAACCAUCCUCAUGCGCAAUGCAACCGACCAAUCCAUCUCUAAUCACACAAUGCCCAUCUCCUCACUGCUCCACGCACCUGCCGUUGCCGCUGCCGCUGCCGCUGCUGCUGCUGCUUCGGCUGCACCUGAUGCCUCAUCCGGCUGCCGGCUGCCGGCUGCCGUCUGCACAACCAUCAUGCCCACCUCGGUGAUCUGCAAUAGCAUCGCCAAGGCCGCCGGCGCCGCAUGUGCGGGCCACGUACUCCUUACUGUGCCACAUACAUGA